AUGUCGACUCCCAGCAGCAGCAGCAGCAGCGGAUCGAAACGCCUCUCCAGUCCCGAGCGGCGUGAACGUUCCAAACGUCGUCGUAUGGCCUUGUUCGAGGCCAGGGGCAUGACCAUGGAGCACCUGGAAGGGAUCGUGGCCAGGUACGACAACAACAGACCUCUCGACCUUACCGACUCGCAAAAGGCGACGUUGACGAGGACCACCGACCUCAUCAACACCAUCUUCUCCAAGCUCAAGUCUCCUCCUCGCCUUUCCGCAGACUAUGUCUGCCACAACUGGGCCGAGUUGACCUGCAAGGACGCGCCUCCCAUGCCCAGGCAAAUGCUGGGUGUGCUCGUCCGGAUCCUCGCUUCCCGCAAGUACAGGGGCAAGGCCAUUGCGGCCAGCACCUUCCGCCAGAACGUCAACGGCUUUGUGUUCUCGUACGAGCACUGCCGCGAGGAGUCCGGAGCAGCCGUGUCGCAGCUCUCCGAUGCGGCCAAGGACCACAUCAAGACCGCGACCGGGGAUGCUAUCAAGGAGUUCGAGCUGCGCUAG